GAGGCACGAACAGGUUAGAGGGCGCACACGUGGCCUCGGCAGACCGCAGGGAAGGUGCACGCAAAUCUUUUCUGAACAGGUUGUGGAUCUAUUUAUUUAUUAGUUUUCAAGGGAAAGAGGAAAAUAGUGCGUGUCUUGGUCCAUUCGAAAUGGGGAUGUUUCCUCUUAGAGAGUUCCUGUUGGUAGCUUGUUGCUCGUCCUUGGUGGUCGCCCAGCUUGACGGAGCAACGACGAUAGGCAGUGGGAAUUCUACCUCAGCCGCUUCAGCUUCUCCUACUUCCACAGCCUCCGAGGAACCUCCCUCAGAAACAGCAACUACGCCUUCCUCUCCUGUCACAUCUACCUCGACGUCUACGUCUUUACUAACAUCUACACCUCCUGCGGCGACUGCAGCCACUGCUUCAGGAGGGACGUCCACGGACACCGAGGCCGAGGAAACCGAUGGCGGUGUGACGGCCGGAGACGCUGUUGAAGAGGAGUCCGAAACCCACCACGACAGCGACGCAUCCCCCUCGUCGCACGCAAGCGCGACAGAGACUUCGAGAGCCGAACCCUCCACGACGUCACCUGCUGCAGAGACUACGGCUCAUGAAACAACGAGAGACGUGACUUCAGCCACACUCCCGCCAGUUGGCCCUGAAUUCGAUACCGCCAACCAGAGUCAGUCCACUGCCCCGCCGAGUCGCACAGAUAUUGAUAUUGACAAUGAAGGGAUUGUCAUGACAUCUGAAAGUACCCACAACCAUCCAGAAAGCAGUGUCACUACAGAACUAAACACUGAAGACGCCACUACUCCUUCCCCAGAGACUUCCGCUGAGAGCACUACAACGACACUGCCGAUCGUGACCCCAGGGGAGACAACGCCCACGCAGAGACUCCCUGAAGAGGCACACACAACUUCCUCCAGCGCUGCGGACGAACACACGCCUGCCGCGGAACUUACGUCUCCUGAAGAGCCAAGUAGAGCCCCUACUGAGGCUGAGGAACACCAGGACCACACACUCGCUCCUUCUGAAGCCUCGAGCGAGCGUACAACGGCAGAAGAAACCACAGAGGAAGCACCAAGCGAACCUGUCAGCCACCAGGAUGUCUCUCCCUCCACAGGGCCUUCGGAAGUCACCACGAGCGAAACAACUGCUCACGACGACCCGACGAUAGCCCCGUUACCCACGACCCCCAGCGAGACUACGGACGACUCGGUGGUGCAGCCUGCGAGUACUUGCUUCGGCAACGAGGAAGUGAGCACGUGGCUGGUGGUGGCCGUGGGCGUGGGCGUGAACGUGCUGUGCGUGGUGGUGACGGCCCUGUGUGUGCAUCGCAUCGUCUCGCGGAAGCUGUCGUGGGAUCCGCCGCCCAUCUACUACAACCGCUCGAAACGUCCGGCGCCGCGUCCGGAAGCUCGGGCGGGACUUAACCUCGCGUCCGACACCGAUUGCAAAGCCAGCGAAGGAGGUAACCCGACGCAUAUCCCCAUCCUGAUUACGAACGAAGAUGGCUGGUGCGUUCCUUACAGCGAGCAGGAUCAGAAGAAGAAGAAGAAAGAGGCCGCUGCCUCCACCGAAGAUACAGGAGUGUGAGGAUUGGGAGGCGGCCAUGGCGUGGGGUGGUGCAUCCGAUGAGAAACCGCUUUCAGGUUACAAUGUAGAAAUUCGAUCUCUUCGUUUUUAUUGCUCUUCUACUAUUUCAGCCUCCUCGUCUUCUUUCCUUCGCCCUUCUUAUUGUAUUCAUUGAUUAUUUUCCUUCUAUUCUCUCUCUCUCUCUCUCUCUCUCUCUCUCU